AGCAGAAGUGUGUCGAGGGAGUAGCACGCGCGGGGAAGACGUCUCUUCUUCAGACAGGUUGCUUCUGUCAGUCGGGAAACCGCUGGGGGGAUAUGACACAAACUGCCGUCGCUGUGUCAGGGUUGUCGGCGUGUCUGACAUUAUAGAUGGGAUCGCACUUUGAUGCUGGAGUUUUUUUUUUUCGGAUUCGGAAAGAUUAAGUGGUUGAGUGGAGUGAUAAGGGAAUAGUUACAAGUAACGGAGGUACCCACUCCAUCACAGUUGCCUUGACGACCACACUUCAUCCCGACCCACAAUUCCCGGAUAUCAGACCCGACAUUCCACAUCCGGUCACCUACCGCGCUAGCCGGCCGGCACGGCUGAACUGAUCUACCCACGCUGAAAUCAAGAUUGAUACAAGUUGAGCGACCGUCCUGUCUGGAAUCUUCUAGAAGAAAAAAAAAACAGAACUCUCACCCACCCUUGAAGAAACUCUAUUAAGUUAAAAAGUCUGAAAAACCCUCUCCCCGUAUUUACGAAACAAUCUAUUUAAAAUGUAGAGAGUGUACGCCCCGAACUCUCAAACACGUGAAACUCACGAAAUCGACUCUUUUUAUCAGCGGCACGUUCACGAAGAACCUCGUGACCCAAGGCACGUGACCAUGUUCAAGAUCGUCGAGACCUCUGUCCAGGCGGUGUCCAGCUGCCAUAUUUUUCUUGGACUCCUCAGCGUCAUCGUCGGCGUCAUCAGCUCUAUCAAGGCUGACGUCUGGUUGGCGCACAGGGUUUCUCCCAUUUGGAGCGGUGGAUUUUUUAUGGUAGCUGGAAUCCUGGGUAUUUGGUGUGCAAGACGGAAGUCGUCAUAUGUGAUCAUGUGCUUCACCGCCUUCUCCGUGGUGUCCAUGGUGGUGGCUGUGGUCAGUAUCCAGCUGCUCCGUGUGGGGCUCAUCAACCACACGACAGACGGACACACCUUCCAGAAGGAAAAGAAGGACGUCCUGAUCUACCUAUCCCUGGCGGCCGCCGGCACGGAGAUCAUCGUCUGUAUGGCCGCCAUCAUCCUGAGCUGCCGCAUCGCGCGGGUCGCCAAGGAGGAGCAGAGCAAACAGCGGGACGGCAUGUUCUAUGUCAAGGUGCUCGGUCAGAAGGACAUUGUUGUCGUCACCAAACCAGUCGACGACAGCGACGAACUAACAGCCGUAUAAUUCUCUCUGGGAUUCGAACUCAUGGGAAGAGUGAAUGUUAGAAAAAAACAACAAAAAAACUAAAAAACAACAAAAACGGUUUCUAAAUUUUAUAGCAACGAGAAAUAUGAUUUAACUUCAUGAGUUUCACCAAGAUGGCGGAUGAAAAUGUUCGCGUUGACGUGUGUUUUAGAAGACGAAGUUGUGUUUUCUGGGUGUUUGUGUUCGCAGUGGAAUUCAUGUCGAUCGACUGAAGCAACAUUUGAACGCUACAGUCGGGCAGAUGGACUAACAAAAAAAAAUUCCAUUGAAUUCCAAUCACGUAGACACUUAGUUAGAGGCUGAGUGUAAUAAAGGGCGACACGGUGUGCCGGAUAUUGGUCAGAAAAUCGAUUUCCUAAAGACCGAUGACCUGAAUGCCGAUUGCGAAAGAUGGCUUGCUCUAAGGCCGAUUGUGCGGAAGGGGUAUAAUAAAAGGCCGAUUACACUAAUAACAAUUACACUAAGACUAAUACCGAUUGCAAAAAGUCGACCGCUCAAAGGGCGAAGGAGAGUAGUAAAGGCAAAUUACCGAAAUGCCAAUACUCAAAGGCCGAAUUCACGGAUACCGAUUGUCUAAAAGUCUAUUGGACAUUAGCCUAUUGACUAAAGGCCGAUUGGUUGAAGGCCUUUUCUUAUAGAACUAUUAACGGAAAUCCAAUUUCCCAAAAGACUGCACAUUGCCGUUCUUAGCAAAUAAUCUUUUUCGAAAUCGGCCUUUGAUUAAUAACAUUUGUAAUCGGCCUUUGAUCAAUAACAUUUGUAAUCGGCCUUUGAUCAAUAACAUUUGUAAUCGGCCUUUGAUCAAUAACAUUUUGGCAAUCGGCCUGAAGCAAAUGGUUUUAUGGAGAUCGGCAAUCAGGAAAGUGGAUAUAAGACAAUCGGCCUUUGGGCGAUCGGCUUUCGGCCAAUUGAUCCAGGCUCAGUGUCAUUAUCCAGUGGAUGCAAGGAUUCUCAAAUCGUCAUAGCCAGGGACGAUUUCCAUCACUAGAUGUUCUAGAACAUGCUAGAUUUUGGCGUUAAUUCUGGUCUGCAUGUGGUGUUUAAAGAUAGUGUAUGGUGUCAGGGUGAAUGGUGUUUUGUACAGCAGCUGUUCUCGGUGACACUUGGUGUCAUGAUAUGAAAUAUUUUGGCCUAUGGUGUUUUGGUGUAUGGUGUUAUGGUGUUUGCUUGGGUAUGAUCAGCCAUUGAUGCAAGUGUUUGGUCUACUGGGGUGUUAUGGUGUAUGGUGUUAUGGUGUUAACUUGGGUAUGAUCAGCCAUUGAUGCAAGUGUUUGGUCUAGUGGGGUGUUAUGGUGUGUUAUGGUGUUAACUGGGGUAUGAUCAGCCAUUGAUGCAAGUGUUUGGUCUAGUGGGGUGUUAUGGUGUGUUAUGGUGUUAACUGGGGUAUGAUCAGCCAUUGAUGCAAGUGUUUGGUCUAGUGGGGUGUUAUGGUGUAUGGUGUUAUGGUGUUAACUUGGGUAUGAUCAGCCAUUGAUGCAAGUGUUUGGUCUACUGGGGUGUUAUGGUGUAUGGUGUUAUGGUGUUAACUUGGGUAUGAUCAGCCAUUGAUGCAAGUGUUUGGUCUAGUGGGGUGUUAUGGUGUGUUAUGGUGUUAACUGGGGUAUGAUCAGCCAUUGAUGCAAGUGUUUGGUCUAGUGGGGUGUUAUGGUGUAUGGUGUUGAGGUAAGCCUAUAUGGUGUUCAGGUAAACCUACAUGGUGUGUAGGUGUAUGGUGUAUUCAACAACAGCCUCGUUUUCUGCUUGUCCAUGAUUGUAACAGAUUUAUUAUGUGGUGUUAAGGUGUGUGGUAUCAUAUCACGGUGAGUGGUGUUAUAUUGAAUGGUGUUGUAGUGAGAGUGAUUUUCCUGUAAGCGAAAUAUAACUAUUGCCAGUAAAUGUAUGUUCUGUAGAUCGAGGUAUUCAAAACAGAUGAACUCUACUUCAUCUGCCCCACAUAUCAUAGGGCAUGAACAGGAAAAUAUGAUGAUGUAUGUCAGGAGUUUAUCAUGUAUGUUAUUAUGGUGCAUGGUGUUAUUUAUUUAUAUGUUGUCUGGUGUUAUUGAUACGUAUAUUACGUUACUUGUACGUGUAUAGUGUUAUUUAUACGUAGUUGUUACUAUACCUUUCGGUUAGCCGUACCCUACUUUAAUAGCAUCGGCGAUUAUCUUAUUUCGAUACUCCAUCCCUUGAGUAAGCAAUACCACCGUUAAUUACUGAAAGUAAUAUUUCAUGUUUUAACAGCAAUACAUAAAAAACGUCCAUCGGGUGUAAUCGAAUACGAAUUAAUACAAUCGUACAUCGAUACCUCAUCCCCAACGCGAGCAAUACACCUAACCCAAACAACUAAUAGGGUGGUACCGCUUACGGAAAAGUACCGCCGUUAAAUAUUGACAGUUAUAUCUAAUAACAGCAAUACCAUACGAGACGUCCAUUGAGAGUAAUCGAAUACGAAUUUGAAUGUUCGACUACACUGAGAUCAAUAUCACGUUUGUUGUGUUUUUCAAUAAAUGUUAACAUUUUUAAGGCGUGUUUUAUUUAAUGAAAAAGAUGUCUAUACUAAUUGUUGAUUUGUAAUUAUAUGUGCAUUUCAUUAAUUAAAUCAUGUUACAACCAGGAGUAGUGGGUCUAGCAUACUCCAAAUCAUGAGCGCUCU